AAGAAAAAAAUGACUUUUAGAUGACAAGAAAGCUUAUCGUCAUGACCCAGGGGAUCUUUUAGCAGCUUUAACAUUCUUCCAAUACAAAUAGAAUAAAAAUUCCUGUAUUAAUUCAAGAUUGAAAUGGAAGAAAAUUCUCGAGUAACAAAACAUUUUUUCAAGGUCAUGUCACGUGAUUUUCAUUCAAAGUUGGCCCUGCCAAAAGCUUUUUGUAGAAAUCUAAAUGAAGUGAAAUUGGCCAAUAUAACGAGUGCCAAGGGAAUCUGGAAAAUCAACGUUUCUAGAAGUAACAGUGAAACUGUGUUUUUUGAAGAGGGAUGGGGUGAUUUUGUUCUUCAACACCACCUCGCUGUUGGGGAUAUUGUCGUGUUUGAGCACAUUGGGGAAAUGCGUUUCAAUGCUUUCGUGUUUGAUUUUACUGCAUGUGAGAAAGAAUUUGACAAUGAUUUAGCGGAAAGAAAUGAAGGAUCUGCUGGAGUAUGCAAUAAUUUGGAAGCCAUCAAGACAAAUGCAGGUUCUUCAUGCCAGCAUAGGGAUCCAUAUUUUGUCAUAACAAUGAAACACCAUAAUACUCCUGAUUAUAGACAGCCAUAUAUGGCCCUGCCAAAGGCAUUUUGUAGAAAUCUAGAUGAUAAAAAAUUGGCCACUAUAAGGAGUGGUAAGGGAAUCUGGAAGAUCUGUGUUGGUAAAAGUAAUAGAGAUACCAUGUUUUUCGAAGAGGGAUGGGGAGAUUUUGUUCGUCAACACGAGCUCACUGUUGGAGAUAUUGUAGUAUUUGAGCACGUAGGGGGAAUGGAUUUCAAUGCUUUCGUUUUUGAUUAUACUGCCUGUGAAAAAGAAUUCGACGAUGAUUUAGCCGAAAAAUACGAAGGAUCUUCUGGAGUUUGUAAUAAUUUGGAAGCCAUCAGAGGUGGUUCAUGCCAGCAGAGGGAUAAUCCAUACUUUGUCAUAACAAUGAAACACUCCCAUUCACCUGCUUCCAAAAGGUCCCGGCCAUUUGUGCAAAUCCCGGCAGAAUUUUGGAAAUCAAAUGACCUGAAAAUGAAGAAGGGCCUAAAUCUAAAAGAUCCUUCAAGCAAGAAGUGGUCGGUCCAACUCAAAUAUUAUAGUAGUGGUCGUGUUGUUAUGGAUAGGGGAUGGAAGCAGUUUUAUGAAUCCAAUAAGCUCAAGAAAGGAGAUGUUUGCACUUUUGAACUCAAUCACAAUCCCAAAGGCUCUACUGUUGCUUCAAUGGAUGUGCACAUAUUCCCAGCUCCAAAUUGAAUGCCAAAAUUCUGUGAGGUUUUGGAAUCCAUACAUCUCCCUUUGGUUAGGAAAAAUUGAACAUUGUAGGCUUUUUUCUUGAUGGAGCAUUUAAAGUUAUGUUACGACAUGAACUUCUAUAAACGGCUUGGUACA